AUGAUCGACAGAUUUUCGCGUUGGGCAGAAGCUGUACCUUUACGGGAUAUUGAGGCGAAAACUAUUUACAGAGCUUUUGUCGAUAAUUGGUUGUCGCGUUUUGGCACACCUUCGAAGAUAACAACGGAUCAGGGUAAACAGUUCGAGUCUAGGAUUUUUAAGUUUUUAUUGCAUCUUGCGGGUUGCCACCGUUUGCGGACAACAGCAUACCACCCGGCGUCAAAUGGUAUGAUCGAGCGUUGGCAUCGUACUCUAAAAGCUGCCAUUAUGUGCCACUCGGACGAAAAAUGGACACAUACUUUAUCCACGGUUUUGCUGGGUUUAAGGACGACUGUCCUUGACUCGGGCGCAUCUCCUGCUGAAUAUGUUUACGGCACCACCCUUAAAAUUCCGGGUGAAUUCAUCCUACCGGAUGAAUUCAAAGCAAACCCUCAAUUUUUCUUAGAGGAGUUUCGAGAACAUAUGCGCCUCGUGAAACCCGUACCCGUGACACACAAACAUAAGAGAAAAAUUUUCGUGUUUAAAGAUAUGUAUAGUUGCUCGCAUGUUUUUUUGAAAUCAGCACCUGUAAAAAAAUCAUUGGAAAGUCCUUAUUCCGGCCCACAUAAGGUCGUGGAUAGAACUUCGGAUCGCGUGUUUGAGAUUGAAGUAAAUGGCGAGAAAAAACGAGUUUCAGUAGAAAAUAUUAAGCCAGCUUAUUUCACUCGCGAUGAUUUGAUAAUUCCGGACAAUGUAAGAAAAAAUGCUGCGACUAGUGUACCUGUCAACAAUAUUGUUAUCACUCCACAAAAUGAUAUUCAUUUCAAGACGAAUAAUGUUGUUCCUUCGACUAUCGAAGAAGCUGCACUUAAUCUUCUCAUGUAUAAGAAUGGUCCGAGACUUAGAAGCGACUCCGUUGGCAUGGAACUGUCGGAUGCUCAUACUGAUGGCGUCACACAAAAGAACAAGCGCACCUGCUGCGAUGACAAGAUACAUCAGACACGUCAAGUACUGAUAAAGAUCCGAAAGCAUCUCUACUUAAGGGAGGAGAUAAGAAACGCAACGAUACCAACUCGCCUCCAACCGCUUUGA